AGAUCUGUAAGAUGUCUAGUAUCGGUAUAAGUAGAUACGAAGACGGGGAAGAGAACUGUUGCACAGCCUGCCUUGAAUUUAUGCAUGAACGGAGGAGCCCACCAUCAUGCGAACACAAUUGUGUUGCAUGUUUUUAUUUAUUAAUUGCUCGACGAACCAAUUGUUUGAUUUGCAACGUGACAAUAUACGAGAUUGAGCGCAUCUUCAAAGAUUUGAGGAGCAGGGUGAAUAUUGAAGCUAAUAGAAUGAAUUGACUGUAAUUGAAAAUG